CAUCCCUGGGCUGGGGCUGCUUCUUGCUUCACUCAAGGCCGCUCUGUGCUCGGGAGAGAGUAGGCGCUGGCCUCGGUAAGCAGGAUUCCUGCCAGGGUAUCUGAAAAGAGGGUGGCCCAGCGGGCCCUGCCAGCCUGGCACGUUCUUGUUUGCUCUGUGAGAGAUGCCUGCUCUCUGCACCCCCUCCCCACAUGGCUUGGAGGUGUGUCCAUAGAUGCACACACCAAACACCACCCUUGGUACACGUCAGGACACUCGGCCCUGCACAGCCCUGUACUACUCAGCUCCACAGAAGACACAGAGCAUUGCAGGACUCACAGAGCCUCUCCCUGUCUCUGCUGCCACAGUACCCAUGUAACACACAGUAGGACCUCACAGCAGCACACAGUGGGACCUCACAGCAGGACCUCACAAUAGCCUCACUUGCACCUCUGUCUUGUAGCACAAACUCUGCACACAUCUGGAGUCUGCUGCUGUGACGUAAGUACUCACUGGUAUCUUGUCGCAACGCUGCCCACAAAUGUCACAGCAUGCUGCAGCCCUUCUCAAGCACCUAUACUUCGUGAUAUCACAGGAUCCCAAAUUCAUCCGUGUGAGAUAAAAGUUUGAAACCCAUCACAACCAGUGUCUCAGCACACUGAAAACAUAAAACCCUCUGGGAGGGUGCCACCCCAGGGCCUGCCCCACAUGUGUUGUGUGAAGGAAGCCCAGAGCCUUGUGUCUGGAGCUUGGAACAGUCCCCCUUGCCUAGUGCCCUGUUCUUAGUCUCUUGGCUCCUACCCAGACGCCAGCUUGCUUGCCCCUUCGGUCACUGCCCCUCAGAGGAUGGCUGAGUGCCAAGCCCAGAGGCCCAGAGCUGCUGUGCUGGCUUUGGCUGUGUCACUGUAAUGACAGGGUCACACUUGGCAUGAUGCCUCCCUGGAACCUCCAUUCCUGACCUCAAUUGUCCCCUUGCACUUCCUAGAGCUGAGGGGGAGAGAAUGGAGGCUCAGAGAGGUGCAUGGCUCGCCCCAAGUCUUAAAGAGCUUGCCUGUACUCCAGUUCUGAGACAGUAGCAGAGCAUGGCACCCUGGCUCAGUCCAGCUGUCAGGGACAAGGGGUGACAAGGGCAGCAGCCUUGAACUCUGCCAGACCUAGACCCAAGUAGGCUGGCAUCCCCAGAUGUCAACAUCUGGGAGCUCCCACUACCCGCCAUCUCCAGUCAGCCAGAGGGUGGGGCCCAGGCAUUCCUGUGGUUGGGAGCCAAGGCUGGAGGCCAAUCGGGUGGCGGCAGCCGCUGACGCCACCACCGACGCAGCAAGUCCCCUCCACACCCAUCCUCCCUCCUCCUACCGCCAGGCAGCCGAAAGAGAGCCGAGCCGGGUGGGGGAGAGAGGGAGCCUCAGGGAGGGCUGGCUGAGGGGACUGAGGGACUCAAAUCAGCUGGGCAGGGGCUGUGGUGAGAGGCAGCAGGGUAGCAGGCACUGGCUGGCGGGAUGCUGCCGCCACCACCGUGAUGCUGGGAGCUCUGGGAGCCAGCAGGAUGGCAGGAGGGAGAGGCCUACUCCCAGGAUGCCUACCUGAAGGGCAACGAGCCGUAUUCUGGAGAGGCCCGCAGCAUCCCAGAACCACCUCCACUCUGCUACCCACGGAAGACCUAUGCCCCGCCAACCCGGGCCCCUGCCUGGGCCACUAUGGUGCCUGAGCCCAUCUCAGCACUACCUACGGAUCCCCGGAGUCCUGCUGCCUGGAGUGACCCAGGGUCCCGUGUUACAUCUGCCACCCGUGCCCACCUGGACAACUCUUCCCUGGGGAUGAGCCAGCCCCGCCCAAGCCCUGGUGCCUUUCCCCACCUCCCUUCAGAGUCCCGGACGCCCCGUGCCUUCCUAGAGUCUGGCAGCCGGGUGCUUCCCAGCAGACUGGAGUGCCAGCAGGCUCUGUCACACUGGCUGUCAAAUCAGAUACCCCGCAGGGCGGGGGAGAGACGGUGCCCAGCCAUGCCACCUCGGGCCCGCAGUGCCUCCCAGGACCGCUUGGAGGAUGUGACUACCCACCACCCAUGGCCCUGCUCCACCUCCCAGGAUGCCUUGAGCCAGCUGGGCCAGGAGGGUUGGCACCGAGCUCGCUCAGACGAUUACCUGAGCCGGGCUACCCGCUCUGCUGAAGCACUGGGGCCAGGGGCACUGGUGUCACCUCGCCUUGAACGCUGCGGUUGGGCUUCCCAGCGGUCAUCUGCCCGCACCUCUGCUUGCCCUUCUCGGGACUUGCCAGGGCCCCAGGCCCCUCCCGCAUCUGGCCUGCAGGGCCUGGAUGACAUCGGGUACAUUGGGUAUCGGAGCUAUAGCCCAUCAUUCCAGCGCCGGACUGGUCUCCUGCAUGCCCUCUCCUUCCGGGACUCACCCUUCGGGGGACUUCCCACCUUCAGCUUGGCCCAGUCUCCUGCAUCAUUCCCACCAGAGGCCUCCGAACCACCUAGGGUCGCCCGGCCAGAUCCUAGCACCCGAGCCCUGGAGCCUCCCGCAGAGGAUCAUCGUGAUGAGGUGGUCCUGAGACAGAAACCUCCAACUGGUCGCAAGGUCCAGCUGACCCCAGCAAGGCAGGUGAACCUUGGAUUUGGUGACGAGUCCCUAGAACCAGAGGCCAGAGGGGAACGUCCAGGCAGGAAGGUGGCCCCUUUGGCCACUACAGAAGACUCCCUGGCUUCAAUUCCCUUCAUUGAUGAGCCCACCAGCCCCAGCAUUGACCUUCAAGCCAAGCAUGUCCCUGCCUCCGCCGUGGUCUCCAGUGCCAUGAACUCAGCCCCUGUCCUGGGAACUAGCCCAUCCUCACCCACCUUCACUUUUGCCCUCAGCCGCCAUUACUCCCAGGACUGCAGCAGCAUCAAGGCCGGUCGCCGCUCCUCCUACCUGUUGGCCAUCACCACAGAGCGCUCCAAGUCCUGUGAUGAUGGACUGAAUACCUUCCGGGAUGAGGGCCGAGUGCUCCGGCGCCUUCCCAACCGUGUGCCGAGCCUACGGAUGCUGCGAAGCUUCUUCACCGACGGGUCUCUAGAUAGCUGGGGCACCUCUGAAGAUGCUGAAGCCCCCUCUAAACGACACUCAACCUCUGACCUCUCAGAUGCAACCUUCAGUGAUAUCAGGAGAGAAGGCUGGUUGUAUUAUAAGCAGAUCCUCACCAAGAAGGGGAAGAAAGCGGGCGGCGGCCUGCGCCAGUGGAAGCGCGUCUAUGCCGUCCUGCGGGCGCGCUCGCUCUCGUUGAGCAAGGAGCGGCGGGAGCCCGGGCCGGCGGCUGCGGGGGCUGCGGCGGCCGGCGCAGGUGAGGACGAGGCGGCGCCCGUCUGCAUCGGCUCCUGCCUGGUGGACAUCUCCUACAGCGAGACCAAGAGGAGGCACGUGUUCCGGCUGACCACCGCUGACUUCUGUGAAUAUCUCUUUCAGGCUGAGGAUCGGGAUGACAUGCUGGGCUGGAUCAGAGCGAUCCGGGAGAACAGCAGGGCCGAGGGCGAGGACCCCGGCUGUGCCAACCAAGCUCUGAUCAGCAAGAAGCUUAAUGAUUAUCGCAAAGUGAGCCAUAGCUCUGGGCCCAAAGCCGAUUCCUCCCCUAAAGGCUCUCGGGGCCUGGGAGGCCUCAAGUCUGAAUUCCUCAAGCAGACUGCAGUCCGCGGCCUCAGAACUCAGGACCAGCCCGCAGGAAGCAAGGAAGACAGUGUUACAACUCCCAAAACCCCCUGGGGUAUCAACAUUAUCAAGAAGAACAAGAAGGCCGCCCCAAGGGCAUUUGGGAUCCGAUUGGAGGAUUGCCAGCCUGCCACUGAGAACCAGCGUGUCCCCUUGAUCGUGGCUGCCUGCUGCCGUAUUGUGGAGGCACGGGGACUGGAAUCAACUGGCAUUUACCGGGUACCUGGCAACAAUGCAGUGGUGUCUAGCCUGCAGGAGCAGCUCAACCGUGGGCCCAGUGACAUCAACCUGCAGGAUGAGCGCUGGCAGGACCUCAACGUGAUCAGCAGCCUGCUUAAGGCUUUCUUCCGCAAGCUGCCAGAGCCUCUCUUCACUGACGACAAAUACAAUGACUUCAUCGAGGCCAAUCGGAUAGAAGAUUCCAGAGAGAGGAUGAAGACCCUGAGGAAGCUGAUCCGGGAUCUCCCAGGACACUACUAUGAAACACUUAAAUUCCUCGUGGGCCAUCUCAAGACCAUUGCUGACCACUCAGAGAAAAACAAGAUGGAGCCCCGGAACCUGGCUCUGGUCUUUGGGCCGACGUUGGUAAGGACAUCUGAAGACAACAUGACAGACAUGGUAACGCACAUGCCGGACCGCUACAAGAUCGUGGAGACACUAAUCCAGCAUUCUGACUGGUUCUUCAGUGAUGAUGAGGACAAAGGAGAGAGAACCCCUGUUGAUGACAAGGAGCCACAAUCGGUGCCCAACAUCGAGUACCUCCUGCCCAACAUUGGCAGGACAGUGCCCCCCAGUGAUCCAGGCUCAGCAGAUUCCACCACCUGCAGUUCAGCCAAGUCCAAGGGUUCGUGGGUCCCCAAGAAAGAGCCUUAUGCCCGGGAGAUGCUGGCGAUCUCCUUCAUCUCUGCGGUAAACCGCAAACGGAAGAAGCGGCGGGAGGCGCGGGGCCUGGGUAGCAGCACCGACGAUGACUCCGAGCAGGAGGCGCACAAGGCUGCGGUGGGGACUCAGGAGCCACCCGAGGGGCAGCUGCCAGGGCCCUCAGCCGAGGAGGCUCCCGGUCGCCUCAGCCCCUCGACAGCACCCGACGAGCGACCUGCGGCGGACACGCGCUCCAUCGUCUCGGGCUAUUCCACCCUGUCCACCAUGGACCGUAGCGUGUGCUCGGGCACCGGCGGGCGGCGCGCAGGCGCGGGCGACGAGGCGGACGACGAACGCAGUGAGCUGAGCCACGUGGAGACGGACACGGAGGGUGGCGCUGGCCCCGGGGGGCGCCUGGCGCGCCGGCCGUCCUUCAGCUCACACCAUCUUAUGCCAUGCGACACUCUGGCGCGCCGUCGCCUGUCUCGCAGUCGCGCGGAUGCCGAGGGUCCCCGCGGUCCAGAGCCGCUGGGCUCGGCGUCAUCCAGCAGCCAGGAGUCGCUGAGGCCUCCGGCGGCCGCUCCGGUACUCGGCUCGCGACCUUCGCGCGUGGAAGCCCUGCGGCUGCGGCUGCGUGGCACCGCCGACGACAUGCUGGCCGUUCGGCUGCGGCGCCCACUGUCGCCCGAGACGCGGCGGCGUCGGAGCAGCUGGCGCCGCCACACGGUGGUGGUACAGAGCCCACUAACCGACCUCAACUUCAACGAGUGGAAGGAGCUGGACGGAGGGGGACCUCCAGAGUCCGCUGGCGUGCGACCGCACAGCGACAAUAAGGACUCUGGCCUCAGCAGCCUGGAGUCCACCAAGGCACGGGCCUCAUCCGCCGCAUCACUGCCAUCGGGGGACCUAGGGGCCCUGCAGGGUCUGCCCGCACGCCGCUCAGCUGCCGCCCGCCUCCACCAGUGUCUGUGACACCCUCUCCGGUCCCGGGGCAGCAGGAGUCUCCGUCUCGUCUGUGCCCCAUUCAGCUGCCUCCAGUGCUGCGGAAGGUUGGGGGCGGGGUGUGAAGGGCGGUGCUGGUGCCGCAGGCGGGCAUAGGAGAAGUCCGAGCUGGACCGAAGUGGGAGUCCUUAGGAGAGGGGAGGGGUUACGGGGAGUUAUGUCCCUUGGAUAAAGAACCGAGUGGCCCUUUUCUGUGAGUCCACCUAGGGACUCUUGGUGACUCAUGCAGUGUGGGUGAACUACCCAAGUUUCAUACAGAAGGAGAGAUACAGGCUGGGUUUUGGGUCUGCCCUCUGCCCCACCAACCCCAUUAGUUCCUGGCAAAGGAGAGGGGGAGGAUGAAUGUCUGGGGAGCAGUUGGGUGUCCAUGGAGAGGGGGCUUGUGUGUGUGUGAGUGUGUGUGUUUGUAGUCACAGUGCAAAGAUGUUUGUUUCCAGUAGCAAUUUCUACCCCAAUCCCUUCAUUUCCGACAGACCCCAAGCCAGGACUCUGCCUUUGGUGCACACAGAAACCUUAGCCCCAAGCUUGUCAGGGCAGAGGCUGGGUUAAGGCCACUUCCACAGAGGCAGGACUGAACCCCACUAUUACCCGAGUCGUUCCUCACAUCCUCUAAGUCACCCCCUAAGCUCUUUGACCUGUGGACCUGCCUGCUUCCAUUUUUUUGGAGUGUCUAGGACCCCCUGCAGCUGGCAUCUCCUUGUUCACCCUGCUUCCUGCCAGUUUAGCAUGCCGGCUCUCACUUUCAAUCGGGAAGAAGUCUGUCCGGCACUGAUGGAUAGGGUCUUAGCCAGGCUGUUCCAGCAGGGUGGGUGGGACCCAGCUCCUCUUUCCCCACAGUGUAAAUAAACCUAAAGCACUAGUCGCCCCUCUGCCCUCACUCAUUCCAGGGGAGCCCCAGUGGGGUGACCUGCCCUACUGCCCAGGUCUGUCCAUCUUUCUGGUUUAUGCAAAGAUUUGCUGUAAAGUCUCUCCCCUCCCUUUCACUGUAAAUAUUGUCUCUAAUGUGUAACAUAUAAAGAAUUUAUAAGGAUUUUUAAAGAUGUUUUGCUCAUUUUAAAAAGUGUUGUAACAGUGUUGGAUAAAGCCCCCACGUCUGCAUGGCUCCUCCACUGUGUUCUUGACACCUCUCUAGGCUAUAACUAAGAUCCCUGCUUCUGAAAGCCCUGUCGUAAAAGUACAGUCUAUGUCUUGGAAAUAAAUGGCCGUCCUCAGGCAUGAA